UUUUCGAAUUAAUGCAGAUACUUGUGUCCUGAACCCUAUCCGGAGGAGAAUUUGGAGUUUCUUAAAUCACAGAAUAUUCGUCUAUUUCAAUUUGGAAUUGAGGGGAAAACGGAAGUUUCUUUACCUAUUCUCAGUGAUUCUAUUAUGGAGGCUUUGAAAAUUUUACUUGAUGUGAGAAAUCACCCUGUUUUGAUUCAUUGCAAACGAGGAAAGCAUAGAACAGGUUGUGUAGUUGGUUGCUUCAGAAAGAUGCAGAACUGGUGUCUGUCUUCUGUGUUUGAGGAGUACCAGCGCUAUGCUGGUGCUAAAUCCAGGACAGCGGAUUUAACAUUUAUAGAGAUGUUUGACAUCAUAAAUCUUAGGCAGUGCCUCUACAGCAUCAUCUACCAGUAUCAAGGUGCUUCAAAGAAGCGCAGAUUGAUGUAUCAAGGCGAGACUACGCAGAAGCCACCCCGUUUGACAUCGUUUUAGCUGCUGCACUGGCUAUCAACUCCAUUUUUGGAUUUGGUAGAGAACUCAUACUUCAAAGUAAUUUUUUGGAGUCUUUGAACAUAUAUCCUUAGGGUUUUUAAAGAUCUUUUGAGUACUGCUAUUGACAUGCAUAUUCU